AAGGCACUGAUAAUGGUGAUAGUGCUGGAGACCUUGAGGGUAAUGUAGGUGAGACCAAAGGUAGUGGUGAUGGUACUGAUGAUACUGAAGGCAAUGUAGCUCCUGGGGAAGGUGCUGAUGCAAUGACAGGUGAUGGACUAGGGUUGGGUGCAUCAACUGGGGAUGGGGCAGAAGUGGUUGUAGGUGCAAUAUUGUUUGUAUGGGCAUGUAUAUUCUCAGCACCUGCAGAUGAAGAAGGUAUAGGUGCAGGAGCUACGGGUGCAAUGUAUCCCAAGGUUCCUCUAGCAAUUGUCAUGGACACCAAACUACGAUUCUUGGAACACAAUUUGGCUAAGCCAAAAUCGAAAUCUUUGCAAGUGAUUUGGUUCAUUUCAAUGUAG